CUUUCCCAGGACUAGAGUGAUCGACUGAGGGCAUAAACGUAAAGACACGACAAUUUUGAAACCAGAAUGCCAAAAGAAAAAAGAGGCGGGCUCCCUCUCUUCCUCUCACUGUCUCACAUCCUGAUCCCUGUGUCUGAAAAGUGAAAACUUGAGACAGUUUCUCUCUCUAAAGAUCAUCUGAAAGGGAAGACGCGAAUUCGCCUAGAGGUAAAACAAUAAUAAAUCACUAUAAUGAGAUCAGCUGCAAAAUACAAGACCGACCAGCAAGGAAGCAAAAUGGUAGCUGCCACUGUCAAGAGAAAAGCUCAAAUGGGCACCAAUCGGGUUUCUGAAGUUGGUAGGAAUUUUAAAGUUUAUUCAGAUAAUGAAAAGGUUAAGCUUGAUGCCACUAGCAUGUUAUUGGGGCCACUUAACAAAGGUGCUCAUGUGGCUACUGCAAGUGAUUCUAAGCUCUUUUUAAGAACUCGAUCUUAUAGUUAUCUGAAUUUUAAUGUGAAGGGGCUUUCAAAGUUUGCAGAGAAGAGCAAAGACAAGUCUGUUAGAUCUUCAAAUCAAGAUCUCAAUGUUAGAAGAAAAGCACUGGCUGAUGUAACUAAUGCCCAAAGCAGCAGCUUCUCAAGUAAUGUUAUGUUUGAUGGCUCCAAACCAAUGAUUCCAGUGGGUUCAGAAUCUAGGGCUGUGAAAUUUUCCUCGAGAAAAUGUACAAUUUCAAUGGGAAGAAAGAAUACAAGUCAAAGAUUCAGUGACAUUCGUGCUACAAGGAAAGGUGUUAAAAAUUUAAGUGGCCCCUCAGAUCAUAAGAUGACCAACAUGAAGAAUCCUGGCCAUGCAGCUGCUGUUGAUAACCAAAGGAGUUCAAGGAAUUCACUUGUGUCGACAAGGAAGUCUAGAUCAAUGUUAGUGGCAGCGAAUCGAGGAGAUACAAGUAAUAUAAAGAACAAUGAUGAAGGUUCAGAGAAAUCUAAGAGAAAUAGUGGGCUCUCCGGUAAGGUUAAAGUGAGUAAGGACGUAGUGCCACAAGUAAGCAUUCGUAGAAGUUAUCUACGGAGGAACAGAGUGAGUGAUGGCUUCUUGACAAGGACUGGGGCUCCUAGUGAUCAAACAGACGUGAAAACUAAUGGUUGGUCCAGAAAAUUUAUCAAGCCUACACUAAAGACUGCAAUCAGUGUUUCCAAUGCUCAUAGGACUUCAAAAUCCAAGUGCACAUCAGCUGUGAACAAAUCCAUAUCCAUAGCUGGGGUCUCAUCUAGAAAAAAAGAGAAAUCUGUGACAUCUUCUCAGUCAAGCCAGAUUCCUACAAUUGUUUCCCAUGAAGCCACUCAAGAACCUCCCUCUGACAGCAACAACAAGUCAACUACAAACAAAUCAGAUUGUGUUGUCUGGAGAAAAUCUGAUCGUAGGAAGUCUUAUACAUUUUCAUUAAUGGCAGGAUCAAAGUUGUUAGCAGAGCAAAGUGAAGUUAUUAAGGAGGAGAGACUGCCAUGUAUAGAUGACAGUUGUAAUCAACUGGAAGUUGCUGAAUAUGUUGAUGAGAUCUAUCAGUUUUAUUGGGUUUCAGAGACACAGGACUUUUCUCUGGCAAAUUAUAAGUCAAUUCAGACAGAAAUUACUCCUCAAAUGCGGGGUGUAUUGGUUAACUGGCUAAUAGAAGUACAUUUGAAAUUUGAACUAAUGCAAGAAACACUUUAUCUAUUAGUCAAAGUGUUAGAUCAAUACCUAUCUCAAGUCCAAAUUAAGAAGAAUGACAUGCAGUUGGUUGGUCUUACAGCAUUACUGUUGGCAUCAAAAUAUGAGGACUACUGGCAUCCUAUGAUCAAAGAUUUACUGAGCAUCUCGGCUGAAUCAUACACGAGAAAGCAAAUGCUUGUCAUGGAGAAGCAUAUUCUUAAGAAAUUAAAGUUCCGUCUUAAUACGCCCACUCCGUAUGUCUUCAUGUUAAGAUUUCUCAAGGCUGCUCAAUCAGAUGUGGAGCUUAAACAUCUGGCAUUCUACCUGAUUGAGCUGUGCUUGGUGGAAUAUGAAGCUUUGAAGUUCAAGCCUUCUAUGCUGUGUGCGGCAGCUAUUUAUGUUGCUAGAUCUACCUUGCAAAAGGCUCCAGCUUGGACUUCUCUGCUUGCCAAACAUGCACGCUAUGAAGUCUCCCAAAUCAGGGAUUGCGCUGAAAUGAUAUUAAGAUUUCACAAAGCUGCUUCGAUAUCACAUUUGAAAGUAACAUAUGGAAAGUACAUGAAACCUGAAUUCAGCAGUGUUGCUGCAUUACAGCCCUUGGAUAAGCUGCCAUUUUGAUAUUUGUCAAAAAAAUGAAAGAGGAACUAAUAUACUAGCUUUGGCUUGUGUGAUCCUAAUCCUUGAUUUUUCUUAAUGGUUGUUAUAUGUAUAGUGAUUGUUAAUGGAAGCUGAGGAGUGGUGUUAACUUUUCAUUUUCUUAACUCUGUUGAGAAGAUGGAACUCAGCGGGUACUGAACCCAUCCUUUAUAGAUAUUGACACGUUAUUCGGUGUGUGUGCUUGUGAAUAUCGAGUUCAAUUGAAGUUUCGAUAGAGUGUGGGAAAGCUUAUUAAUCACUAGUGUGAGAGGUUAUACACAAAUAUUUCUCUUUGUUUUUACUAAUUUGGAUAAGAAGCUUAUUAAUCACAAGUGUAACUAUUUAAUCUUUUA